ACACCCCCCCCCCCCCGGAUUCCCGCCAGUGAUGGGGAAAUAGAUAAUCCAUAGAAACAUGUGUGUGCGCGUCUAAAAAAAAUCAUAAUACAAAUAUAAAAACUAAGAAAGAACAAAUACUUUACGAAUAUUGAAAUAUCAAAAAGGAUAGUCUGCAAAUCAAAAGUGCGAAGUGAUAAAGCCCAAAGCCAAAGCCGAGAUUAAAUCUGUAAAUUAGUCAAGUGAUUUAAAAUAUUUGAAAAAUAAUACCAACCGCUAAAGAUAAACUGACUUCUAGUGCCUUAAAUACACAAAUUAUAAGAAAAUGGAGUACCUCACAAACUUCUACGAUGGCUGGCGGGAUCUGAUGGACAAUAAAUCGGAUCCGCGAACACGAGACUACCCGCUCAUGAGCUCACCGUUCCCCACGAUAGCCAUCAGCUUGACAUAUGCUUACAUUGUGAAGGUACUUGGCCCAAAGCUGAUGGAAAACAGAAAGCCCUUUGAGCUGCGCAAAGUCUUGAUUGUCUACAAUGCCCUGCAGGUUGCCUUCAGUGCCUGGCUCUUUUACGAGUCCUGCUUGGGCGGAUGGCUGAAUGGCUAUAACUUGAGAUGCGAACCCGUUGAUUAUUCCUACUCGCCCAAAGCGAUACGUACCGCUGAAGGCUGCUGGUGGUAUUAUUUCUCCAAGUUCACCGAGUUCUUUGACACCUUCUUCUUUGUGAUGAGGAAGAGGUACGAUCAGGUGUCCACUCUCCAUGUGAUCCAUCAUGGCAUUAUGCCCGUGUCCGUUUGGUGGGGCGUCAAGUUCACUCCCGGAGGCCAUUCGACCUUCUUUGGCUUCCUGAACACCUUUGUGCACAUCAUUAUGUAUGCCUACUACAUGUUGGCCGCCAUGGGUCCCAAGGUGCAGCGUUAUCUGUGGUGGAAGAAGUACCUCACCGUACUGCAGAUGAUCCAGUUUGUCCUGGUGAUGGUGCACUCCUUCCAGCUGUUCUUCAAGAACGAUUGCAAUUAUCCAAUUGGCUUCGCUUACUUCAUUGGAGCCCAUGCGGUGAUGUUCUAUUUCCUGUUCUCCAACUUUUACAAGAGGGCCUAUGUGAAGCGCGAUGGCAAGGACAAAUUCGCGGUAAAGGCGAAUGGACAUGCAAACGGACAUGCCAAGGCGCUCAAGGAUGGCGAUGUGCCAUCAUCGUCGACGCCCACCCGCAAUGGCCAGGCGAAUGGCUUCCACAACACCUUCUCCAAGUUCACCACGGAGAUGUGCAAUCCGGCAUUGAACUCCAAUUCGACGGCGAGACAACGCGUCCUCGUAAAUGCCGGCAACAAGUGAGGCCCCGGAUCGGGAUGGGAAUGCCAGCCACAGCCAACCAGCCAGCCAGCCAAACAUGAAACACACAUAAGCAUAAAUUAAUUACGCUACCAAUUAAAUUACCGUACAUUUAAAUUAAACGUAAGCAUAGGGAGUCCAAGCCUACAUCUAAGCCAAAUCGAAUUCGCAAUCAAGAUCAAUUAAAGACAAGGAAAAAGAAAAAGAAAACGACGCAAAAAAACAUCAUUUCACGGACACAUCCACGAGAGGUUCACCACAAAACAAAUGUUGCUGGCAAAUCUUAAUUUUCCAAAUAUACACACAUAAUCAUGUCUAUGUUCUAUAACCUAUAUAUUCCUGCUCCUGAUCCACAACUGUAUUUCUAUACAUCCCUUUUCAUGUAUAUAGAUUUUAGUGCCUUUUGAUACAUAUAUCCUUUCGGGAUGGGAGGAAGGAUUUGUGAGUCCCGUUUGGUUCUUCGCUUUUCAUAUCUAAAACUAUUUACUUUUUGUAUUUUUUGAUAAUGCAAGCGGCACUUUUAAUACGUGUUUAUUCUGUCGAUGGAUUGUUUUUUGAACAAAAGGAAAUGUGUUUUUAUUUUAUAAAUAAAUUCGAGAUUAAACCUA